AUGGCUAGCUCUCUACAACGCUUCUCCACCCGUGCUUGUGUUUCUCGAACCACUAUUGUCCAAGGGUCAAAACCAUUCCUGGUGGACGCGGUCGGGAUUCUCCCUAGUAUUCCAGAAGAAAAUUGUCACAGUGAGGUUGUAAUAGGCUCACCUGCUAGGACUGCAACUCAACAAGGGUCAGGGUCCCUAUCAAGAUUUGCUACUGCUCUUUCUCGCCCUUUCAGCACAGCCACUACAGCAAAUGAGACUCAGACUCAGAAGCUUGAGCGCAUCGCUGACGAGCUCCUCAACCUCACAAAGAUCGAAAGGCACGAUUACUCCAUCCUCUUCAGGCUGAAAAUGGGCCUCAAUCGGUAUGGCCCGGCAAUCUCUGGAAUUGGCCCGACAUCUUCUGAAUCUGGGCCUGCCUCCACAGAUGCCAAGGCUGUUGAGAAGACUGCAUUUGAUAUAAAGAUUGAGAAGUUCGAUGCAGCGGCAAAGAUCAAGAUCAUAAAGGAGGUUAGGACUUUCACUGACUUAGGACUGAAGGAGGCUAAAGAGUUGGUAGAGAAGGUCCCUGUUGUGGUGAAAAAGGGCCUGACUAAAGAGGAGGCAGGGCCCAUUGUUGACAAGCUUAAGGAGUUGGGCGCUACUGUGGUAUUGGAAUGA